AUGGCUGACGCAGUCCGUGGUUUCUGGCAGUCCAUCGUCAACACCAAGAGGGCUUAUUUGAAUCCUCAUGAGCAUUUCGGCCGAGCCAAUAUCUGCCGUGCCGCUCUUGCCAGUUACGUCGGUAUCUACUUCCUUUUCAAGUGGAAUCAACAGAGAAAGGUCUUUUUUGUUUUUUUUUUCUUUGCCAUUAAAGGGAAAUCUCUAUAAAAACCUCAUCACUUCGUAUUACCUUAUGCAGAAAAUCUCUGAAUUAUUUGAGGCCUGUCACUAUUUUCCAAUGGUUUUUUUUCCAGGCCAAGGCUCUGCAAGCUGAGAAGACUUCUCUUCACAAGAAUGCCGUCAACGACUCCUUGGCCCGUGCUGGGUUGCACUAAAUUUGUUCAUCUGAUUUAGCCUUUUGUCGUCAAUUAUAACAAGAAUAGAUAAAUUGGUUUUGAAAUAAAUAUUUCGAAUUUAAUUGUUUUUUUUUAAAUUUGAAGUUUGUCAUUUGACGGUAGUUGCUCUUCUUGUUAUGUCGCUAUCGAAUUCCUAUAGCGCGUUCACAGCUGGCUUGGGACAGCGAACGGACGGCUUAAUUUUCGCGGCGGAAGUAGAUCAUGAGACCCCGUUUUAGCACAGCUGGGUUACAUAUUUUUCUUACACCCGUUGUUCCCCCGUUUUAGCCCAACUGAGACUAAAACAACCUCAGAAACACGGGUUUAAUACCAUAAAAAAACUCGACAAUUAAAGUUAUUUAGAUUAUUUAUAUUAUAAAAAAAUUCCAAACUAAGUCAUGCGAAUUAUUUUUUUCUACAAGAAGACAAAAAAAGAAUUAAAAAAACCGCGGAAAAAGAAAAACUAGAGAACCCAAAAAAAUUAAAAAAACUUUGAAUUUUAAAAAAAUUUUUUUAGUGUUUCCACCAGCUCUACCUUUUGCGUCAUGUGACCCAAAGUUUUACUCAAAAAUAAAAAAAUUCAAUUCUUUGAAAAACGUGAACCCCAUUUUCUUGAUAUCGAAACAAAUAACCUUCACAAAAAACUACCUGGCAACGUGUCAUUUUUUAUUGUAAGACCUGGGAUCAAUCAUCAUUUCUGCUUUCCUAAGGACUCCGUCUCGCUUCUUCAACGUCAAGAUAAGUUUUUUAUCUCAUAAAAGUUCUAGUUUCCAAAAUAAUUUUCUGAGUCAUAAGCGCUAGUAGAUUAGGCCCGCGGGACUCCCGGAGUGCCGAUCCUCUUUGCUUGCAAAUUGGAUACGCAAAGUCACGCCGAAGCCCAUUCCUGUGGCCGAAGCAGAAACUGUUGGCAGCGCGAUACUGACAAAGCGAUGA